UCGCGAAGCAAGCUGGGCGCCAUGCCCUUGGCGAUUAUUUUACAAAUCGGCAUCGCGCUGCGGUGCGCGACCGCUCUGCAACUCCCGCGCGGGGAUGUCGGAAGCGGCUCCUCGAAUAGUUCGUUGCCGAUCAUUUCUCUUCGCCUGGCUCCCGGAGCGCGCCCGCUGCCCGACGUCGCCGCCACCGUCGCAUCUCUUGUCGCCGCGCGGGAAGCGCUGGAGUCGGAAUUAUGGGCCGGCCUGCGAUCCGAAUUAGCCGGGACUUUGGAAAACGCCAGCUUGGCAAUCCAGGGCGCGGCGGCGGCGGCCAAGAGUCGGGUCGAUGAUCGCGGCCGUGAAAACCUCGGCGCCGGCUCUCUCUUUGCGUCUGAAGACGGGAAAAAUGUCAAUGGCAAUUAUUCUUCUGUCCGCGUGGCCGUCGAGCGCCGGGCUCCCGUCGGGGGAGCUGCCCUCGCAAAAAUCAAAAGCAUUGAGCAGAAACAGAGACAGGCAGAAAUUCUGAUGUUCGAGCAGGCAAGCGAAGAAAUGCGCGUUCUCACUUCC